UCUGAUUGGUAUAAAAGAAUAAUUUAAUGUAUUUUAGCCAAAAUCAUGAUCUUCACUGAUUACCUAAUAAUGAAUGACUAGGUAUUUAGGUAGGUACUUUCAAAAAUUAUCCAUCCCUUCAUGAGAAAAGAAGUUGAAAGUUUCAUCAAUUUGGAUCAAUCGGGAACACAAUACGAUAGUUCAUAUGUGAGCAGCUAAGCAGCAAUGGUAUAAGAAUUACACGUACACAUUAUUCAUAAUUCAUAUACAGAGACAUAUAGACACACGAUCAGCGAAAGAAUCCCCUAUUUGAAAAAAAAGAGUAAUUAAUAGCAGUCCGCUGACAUGAACGCAGACGUACAUAAUACGUAUUAAAUCGUGUGCCUAAAGAUACAUACGUACAAACCUCAAAGAGCGGGGGACAGACUUUUCUUUUCUUUAUUUUCAACUCAACCAUAUGUGUUACAUAAGGCCUGCACAAAUUAUACAUAAAAACAAUCGAGAAAGUAGUUAUCACUUAUUAAAAUUUUGAGUAGUAUACAUUCUCGAGCAGCGCCAUCCAAUCGUCAAAUGUCACUCGUGGUACGAGGUACUCGUAAGUCGUAACCUUAUUCUUAUUUUCGUAUCGUGAUGGCUUUUCUAGAUUCUAAUAUGUGCGGCAAUUUUACAAUUUCUUAUUUUGAAAAUCACCAUUCGGAUUUUUUAUACGAUAAAUUCGACGAAUCCAAUGUUUUAAAAAAAGAAAUCGAAUACGAAUCCAAUUCCGGUGAAUACAAUUAUGAUCAAAAUUUGGAAAAUUACAUGCAACAGAAUUUCAAUAUUCAGCCUCCUGAUAAGAGUAAUUUCGUACAUUCAGCAAAUUCCUUCGAUUGCUCGGAUGAUUUUGAAAAACAUUCUUCCGUUAAAAAUAUGAUCUCAAAUCGGGCAUAUUCUUCACCUGAUGUGCGUAAAAGUGAAACGAACGAGAAUUUCGGACAUUUAUUAGAUUUCUUUGAUUUCUACGAUGAUCUCAAUUUGACCACUUCGACUGAUGAAUUGGAAUGUCUCGAUAAUAAGGAUUUUAUUAAUCAACUCUCCGAUAACCAAGUAGUUCUACACCAAAACGAAAGUUUAGUUUUGACUGAUCUCGUUACUGAAUCCUUGUCAAACGACGCAGAAACAUCUAAAUGUGAAGACACUCCACAUUCAACAACAAAAGAUUCUCAUCAGUGUCACUGGGUCGGAUGCAGUAAGGAAUUUCUUUCUCAAGAAUUCUUAGUUCAUCACAUAGAAAAAAAUCACGUCGAUUCGCGCAAAUCAGAUGAAUUUGUAUGCUUAUGGCAUCCUUGUCCAAGACUUUUGAAACCAUUUAACGCUCGUUACAAGCUUCUAAUUCAUAUGAGAGUGCAUUCAGGGGAAAAACCCAACAAAUGUCCGUUUCCAGGAUGUACAAAAGCUUUCUCGAGGUUGGAAAAUCUUAAAAUUCAUCAAAGAUCUCACACUGGAGAAAGGCCUUAUGCUUGCCAAUUUACUCAAUGUUCAAAAGCAUUUAGUAACAGUUCAGAUCGAGCAAAACAUCAACGAACGCAUUUUGAUCAGAAACCAUAUGCUUGUCAAAUCAAAGGAUGCAAUAAGCGAUACACUGAUCCUAGCUCAUUAAGAAAGCAUAUCAAAAUCCACACUUCAGCAUCUCAAAAACAUAAAACACUUCGCAAAAAUAAUCAAGUUAACAUAUCUUCUGUUGUGAAAAAACAAGUCAGUCAAAAUGUUCUCGCAAAAAAAAUGUUUGGAAAAGACGAAUACAAGUCCGAUAGAAAAUUCAAAGAAUACACCACCCAUCAAAAAUUCAAGUCACCAGAGUACAGUUCAAUCAAAAUUGAAGCAAUGGAGGCAAACGAUUUGCCAAAUUUAUUGCCAGAUGAUUUUUUAAUGUACCCAGACUACGAAUCAUACGAUUGUUUUCCAUCAUCUCAAGUUAAAAAUGAAACAUUGUUCAAAAAUUUACUCACGGAAAGUAUUCGAAACAAAGAUGAAUUUGAUCUGAUCCCCAGUGAAGAUUCGAUGAUAUAUUUCGAACUGGAAAAUGGACUCCUUGAUGAGAACGUCGAAACCCAGCACACAGAGUUUGAUGAUGUUAGUUUUUUAUACCUAGAAAAUUAGUUAAAUGUUAAAUUAAGAUAAGAAUUCGAUUUUAAGGUUUUAGUUUUAAUAUACUUGAUUGGUCUCAUUUCGCUUCCAAGAAUGAUCUCUUUAUACGUAAUUGCAUUUUGUUUACAUAUUAAGGAAAUCAUGAUCAUAUUUUUAAAACAAUUUUUAAGUUAUUUAUUAAUUUUUUUCAUAAAAAUGUGUUUUUUAUUUUUUUUUUAAAUUAUAACUUUAACAUUACGGAUUCCAUGUGAGAAGAGAUCCUCAGAGGAUCUCUUAUUUUGCAAAAAAAAAAAAAUCAGGUCAAAUUGAAUUUCACACAUGUGUUUACCUUA